AUGGCUGAAAUAAUCAUGAACUCAACGCAAAGUGUGCUGAAAGAAACGUACGACUAUUAUCUCUGGACACUGUCACUCUCUGAUAACAGAACAAAAGGCUGGCCCCUAGUCGAUUCACCCGCACCAACGGUAUUCUAUACACUGUUAUACCUCUUCAUAGUGUGGAUAGGGCCAAAGAUCAUGAAGAACCGAAGACCAUUCAAACUAAACUGGUUGCUCGUGCCAUACAAUCUAGCUAUGGCAGUGCUAAACGCGUAUAUAGCUGUUAGAUUAUUAACGGCAUCGUUUAGACUGAGAUACAGUUAUAUUUGUGAGCCUUGUCGACAGAAGUAUGAUCCUGAUGAAUUACAAAUAGCCGAUGCAGUCUGGUGGUAUUACUUUUCGAAACUAUUGGAGUUCUGCGACACAUUCUUCUUUAUUCUCAGGAAAAAAGAUGAACAACUUACUUUCCUUCACGUAUAUCACCACUCCACCAUGUUCAGCUUCUGGUGGAUCGGUAUCAAAUGGGUGCCUAGUGGAUCAACGUUCUUACCCGCCAUGGUCAAUAGCGGUAUCCACGUUCUAAUGUAUACCUACUACGGCCUCUCUGUGCUCGGUCCAGCUGUUAGCCAAUACCUCUGGUGGAAGAAGUACCUCACGAUAAUGCAGCUGAUCCAGUUCACUUGUGCACUGGUCCUCGGCAUCAAUGGCAUCAGGACUGGCUGCGAGUUUCCACUCUGGAUGCACUAUGUACUCAUCAUCUACAUGAUCUCAUUCAUCAUACUCUUCGGCAACUUCUAUAUGAAGGCGUAUUUGGCUAAGGGAAGCAAAUGCAUGGAAGUUAGGUACGGACAAUGUCUGGACGACGAAGAAACCAUAGCCAAGAGAAAAUUGAAAAGUAACUGA